AUGGCUGCAAACCAAUGUGCCGAAAGACUAGGCUCCCUCAUGGUUCAGUUAGGCAAAAAUUUCACCAUGUUUCUGGCCAUGGUGAUUGCAUGCAACGGUGUACAUUACCUACUAAAGCCUUAUUCACAACCUCGCAUUACUUCUGACAUAAUUGUAGGACUAUUUAUGGGCAACAUACCUUUUUUUCGAAAUUUAUAUGAUCAAUUCGACAAAACCUUUGGGUUUAUAAUUGAUUUUGGCAUGAUGUGUUACAUGUUUGCUUUGGGCAUAGAAAUGGAUCCUUAUGUACUAUUCAAAAGACCAACAAGGGAUGCUCAAGUUGCUUAUGCAGGAAUAGUGUGCACGUUCAUCCUAGCCUGUUUUAUAACACCAUUUCUCCAUUACAUCACAGUGACACAUAAUCAGGGAGUAGAAUUCACCAUCUCCAUAUCUACUCUUCUCUCUAGUACAGCAUCUCCUGUUGUGACCCGUGUAUUGACAAACCUCAAAGUUGGAAAGUCUGAUAUAGGGAAGCUUGUAAUAGCAGCAGGGAUGCAUUCAGACUGCAUCUGCUCAUUGCUUCUUUCAGUUGGCUACAUUUUCAUUCCAAUAGAUACAUAUUGCCCGCGUUUUGGGCAUCAGAAGACUGCUAUAGAUAUGAUCAAAAUGAGCGCUGCAGUUGCUGGGCAGGCAUUGUUCACAGCAGCGGUUUCACCAGUUUUUAUGAGCUGGGUUAACAAUGAAAACCCUGAAGGGAAACCCAUGAAAGGAUCACACCUGGUACUGUCAAUUGCCUUCAUGGUCAUCAUUUGUGUCUUCUCAACUGUAUUCAACUAUAGUCCAAUUCUAAGUGCGUUUAUGACAGGGAUAUGUUUUCCCCGGGAGGGCAGAGUUUCCAAAUGGGUUAUCAACAAAAUCAACUAUCUCUUGACCACCCUCUUCUUUCCCAUCUUCUUCUUGUGGAUGGGGUAUGCAGCUGAUUUUGCCAGGUUCCGCCCUGGAAGCUCUAUAACAUGGAUGAGAUUGUUUCUUCCAGUAUUGAUAGUUAUGGUAGGUAAAGUUGCUGGAACACUUGUUUCUGGGGCAGUGUUUGGCUUUCAAUGGCCAGAAUCAAUUGCAAUCGGAUUGCUUCUCACCACCAAGGGCCAUUUUCAUAUCUACAUGGCUGUCAAAGUGAUAGGUUGUGGCACCACUACUUCCUCAGGCAUUGCAUUGGUAAUUGCAAUAUUUUUCACAGUGGUGCAUGUCCCUGCAGUUGUGGCACAAAUCAUCAAAUGUGCCCGGAAAAAGGCACCUAUUCACCAAAUGGCCCUUCAAUUGCUAGACCCAUCAACUGAGCUAAGGAUGCUCUUGUGCCUUCACGGACCCCAGAAUGUUCCUGCUUCCAUCAACUUAAUGGAAAUCUCAAGAGGGCCACCAAACCCAGGCAUUCUGGUAUAUGUGGCAGAAAUGAUUGAACUAACUGAAGAAAUAGCAGCCACAGUAGAGAAGGGUGAAAAAGUGAGUACAACAACUGUGAAAGACGCGGCAGUGAUGGAGAUGAGAGACCAAGUAACCAGCUCGUUUCAAGCCUCCGUAGAUAAUGAUGAACAUGGUGAUGGUAUUACGCUCAAAAGAACAUUGGCAGUGUCAACUAUCAAUAGCAUGCCACAGAACAUUUGCCUUUUAGCAGAGGACUUGAUGAUUGCCCUCAUCAUACUACCAUUCCACAUGAACCAGCGUGAGGAUGGUAAAUGGGAUAGUGGCAAUCAAGGCUUCAGAUAUGUAAACCGAAAGUUAUUGAAGAGUGCUCGCUGUUCCGUGGGGAUUCUAGUGAACAGAGGUUUUGGGUCCAUUGAGAAGAUAUCAAGAUCUGAGGUAUCAAUCAAUGUGGCAGCAAUAUUCAUCGGUGGAAAAGAUGAUAGAGAAGCACUAGCCUAUGUGGGGCGUGUAGCUCGGCAUCCAGGGGUAAAAGUGACAGUAAUAAGAUUGCUGGUUGAUACUAGUGCAGAAUCCUCAAGACUAGCAGCAUACAGGGUGACCCUUCCUGAGCAGGAGGAGGAGAUGGCGCUGGAUGAUGAAUGCUUUGCACAGUUCUAUGAAAAGCAUAUAGUUGGAGGUCGUGUUUCCUACAUGGAGAAGCAUCUUGAAAAUGCAGCUGCGACCUUCUUUACUCUCAGAUCAUUAGAAGGACAAUAUUCACUGGUCGUUGUAGGAAGAGAAGGUGGAAUAAACUCAAUACUGACAAAGGGGAUGAAUGACUGGCAACAAUGCCCAGAACUGGGACCAAUAGGGGAUGUUCUUUCAGGACCAGACUUCUCAACAACAAUUUCUGUGUUAAUAAUCCAACAAUACAAAUUUAAGGGAGAACUAGAAGGGCUGGAUGAUGAGUUUACUGUCCUGUAG